UACAAUUUGAUUCGAGUCCCAGGUCGGAGAGAAAAAGACCAACGUCAAGACUGAGACGAUCAACGUGCAAAAUCAGUCGAGCAAUGGCGGUGGAGGUGGACGACAAGGAUCUAAAAGCUGCCGGGGCCGAGCUGUUAGACGAUGGACGCCACGGCAUCCGUAUCCGCGGGUGGGAAAUCGAGUCCCGGAAGCUCUCCAUCCUCAAAUCCUCGGCUGUUGAGCAGUGGGAACAGAAGCUAGGAACCUCUCAUCUACCAGAAAUGGUGUUUGGGGACAGUUGCUUAAUACUUAAACACAUGAAUAGCGGCAUCAAGAUACACUUCAAUGCGUUUGAUGCUCUAGCUGGUUGGAAGCAGGAAGCUUUGCCUCCAGUUGAAGUUCCUGCCGCUGCUCAAUGGAAAUUUAGGAGCAAACCCUUUCAGGAGGUGAUAUUAGACUAUGACUACACGUUCACAACUCCAUAUCUUGGAAGUGAAACAAUUGAAGUAGAGGCUGAGAAGAAAGAAAGCGUGGAGCAAAGCUGCAACCUCUGUUGGGAGGACUGCAAGGAUCAAAUUGACGUAGUUUCACUGGCAUCAAAGGAGCCUAUUUUAUUUUAUGAUGAGGUGGUGUUGUAUGAAGAUGAACUGGCUGAUAAUGGAGUGUCACUUUUAACUGUCAAAGUGAGAGUCAUGCCAAGUUCCUGGUUUCUCCUCUUGCAAUUCUGGCUCAGAGUUGAUGGAGUCAUGAUGAGAUUAAGGGAUACUCGUGUGCACUGCAUUUUCAAUGACAGUGAGAACCCUGUCAUUCUUCGGGAAAGCUGCUGGAGAGAAGCUACCUUUCAAGCGUUGUCUGCUAAAGGUUAUCCUGUUGAUUCUGCUUCAUAUAGUGAUCCUAGCACCAUCAGCCGGAGGCUUCCUGUCAUCAUGAAUAAGACCCAAAAGCUUAAGGUCCUUGGUAAUCAAUAAAGCUGUAAAUUACACAAGGAUUCAAACUAUUAUUAUGUCUAUUUCUGUAUGAUGAUUUUGCUAAUAGAUACCCAGAUCUUUGUUCCUGUAUUUGGCAUGUCACUGUAGUAAGCUAUAAUUUGUUAGUUUAUGUAGGAUGGAGAAAAUUAAUACACUUGCAAUAUGUUGCAUGGAUUUCUGUAAGAGAUCCCCUUUUUUCCUGAUUCA